CAACGUGACCACCAUCUCACUAACCAAAAUAUACACGGCGACCACGUUGUACGUUAUACUGCACCCGUGAAAGGACAGAUUUCUAAGCUAAAUAUUAAUAACAAUAUUAAAAAAAAAAAAACAGAAAGAACACAAAUAAAAAGCUUACCAACAACAAACCUAUUACGUAAAUAAAUUAAUGAGCAAACGGAGAGAGGAUUGUUGAAAGACAAAUAAAUGAGUAAACACAUUCGAAAACGAACGGAUUAAAAACAAAUGAUAUAAACAACGUUUCACUCACCGGGUGGUUUUUCCAACUAAAGUAUAAUUACAAUUAUUAUUAUUACGUUGAACGUUCUCAUUAUUAUACAUAAAACAAACACAAACAAACAAACGAAACAAAACUAAUCUUGCGAAAAAAAGACAACAAGAAGAAAAAAUAAAUAAAUAAAAAUACUUAAGGAAGAAGUUUAUAAUUUAUUUUUGUACAGUGAAUAACUUUUACAUAUACAUCGUUCAUUCAUCAUACAUACGUAUAUACAUACAUGCAUAUUAUAUAAAUAUUUCGACGACGAAUAUAAAACUACGAGAAGAAUCAUAAAGACGAAACGCAACUGUAUUAAAUCAACAAUCAGAAUAAAGAAACGUAAAAUAUUAUUCGGUUGUGCCCCGUGCGUAUAUGUAUAUGCAUCUCUCGUGGUAAUUGCGAUCUGAUAUAAUCAGCAUACGAUACAUACCUAUUAUAUUUAUAUAUAAAUAAUUCAAUAUACGUAUAUGUAUAAGUAUAUAUAUAUAUACUUGCAUGUGUGCGUGUGAAUGCAUCGUACAAAUACCCGCAUUUAAUUAAAAAAGAAAGAAAAACAAAAAAAAAAAACAAAAAAAAAACUUGAGGACUCGAAGGAAAGAAGUUGCUAUCCAUCAACUUGUGCUGUUCGAACAUAAAACCAACGUCGAUAGUGAGCGAACAACGGUCGGCCGCGGUUUUUCAGUUCUGAAAUACUUACGUAUCUACAUUCGCGUCGUUUACAGAGGACAAAGACACAAGGAGCGGAUACCUCGCGUCUGAUUCGAGAGAGAGAGAGAGAGAGAGGAGGAGCGUGAUAAAUACGCGAGGGAAUAACGAGAAAUAAGUUAUCGAAAAUGCCGACCAGUUUGUUCAGCGAAAUGGAUCGCGGCACGACCACCGGCUCCCUCGAGGAGCAGAGAGCCCUCCAACUCGCCUUCGAGCUGUCCAUGCUAGGACUCGAAGGGAGUCCGGGCAACAACGGAUCCAACGGCGAGGACAACCUCGCGACACCGGCCAGCGUCUUCGAGGAGGCUCGAUCCAAGAAAAGCCAAAACAUGACCGAGUGCGUUCCGGUUCCGAGCAGCGAACAUGUCGCCGAAAUCGUUGGACGACAAGGCUGCAAGAUCAAGGCGCUCCGCGCGAAGACGAACACGUACAUAAAGACACCGGUUCGGGGAGAGGAGCCCGUGUUCGUGGUGACGGGCCGUAAGGAGGACGUGGCGAGGGCGAAGCGGGAGAUCCUCUCGGCGGCGGAGCACUUCUCUCAGAUACGCGCGUCGCGGAAGAGUUCGCUUGGAGCUCUGCUCGGGGCCCCACCAGGACCGCCAGCCUCAGUCCCGGGGCACGUGACAAUCCAGGUUCGAGUACCUUACAGGGUCGUGGGUCUAGUAGUCGGGCCGAAGGGAGCGACGAUCAAGAGGAUCCAGCACCAGACGCACACCUACAUCGUCACGCCAAGCCGAGACAAGGAGCCGGUAUUCGAGGUGACGGGACUCCCGGAAAGCGUCGAGGCCGCGAGGCGCGAGAUCGAGGCCCACAUCGCACUGCGGACCGGAUCGGGCCCCGGACUCGAGGAGGCGGACCUCCUCGGCGCCCUCUGCCUCGGCGGGCUCGGCUCGAUCCUCGGCUGCCUCGACCCGCCCGGUUCAAACGGUUCGAACGGUUCGAGCGGCGCCUUCUCGAGCAGCGGAAGCUGCAGCAGUUCUUCGAGCAGCUCCGGGGCCCCAGGGCUUAACGACCUCGUAGCGAUUUGGGGCGCGGGCCUAGAGCGGGACGAGGGCCUCGGCGAGUCCCCGUCGUUCGAGUCCCAGGCCGCCGCCUCUUCGAUCUGGUCCUUCCCCGGGGUCGCCCUGCCUUCGAGACCCUCGCCGCCGGCCUCGGCGAGCCCGGCCUCGCCGACGGACUCCCUCCUCGGCGGGGGCAUCGGCAGACGCGAGUGCGUCGUCUGCGGCGACAAGGAGGUCACCGCGGCCCUCGUUCCCUGCGGCCACAAUCUCUUCUGUCUUGACUGCGGCAACCGCGUUUGCGAGAGCUCCGAUCCGAGCUGCCCCGUCUGCUCACGGCCGGUGCUUCAGGCUCUACGCAUACUCUCAUAAAUAACGCAAAGACACCCUUCCUCCUACGCGCCCCAUGUAUGUAUUGCUUCGGCUUUGACAACCUCCAUCGAGCGAUUUUCAUCCACGAUCGUUUCUUUGUUUUCCUUUUUCUUUUUGUCCAUCCACGUGAAAAUGAUAAUUCUAUUUUUAUUUCUUUAUUAUUACUAUUAUUAUUAUUAUUAUUAUUAUUAUUGUUAAUCUUGUUGCGCCGCGCUACGUCGCGUCUCGUUUCGGUUUUGAUUAGGCGUUGUUUAUUUUCUUCUUAUUAGUUUUGAUUAUAAUUAAAUUUUGUACGUUUAUUAUCGAUAAUACCACAAACAUCGCCGAGACGAGUACCUAUAUAACUGAGAUAUAUUAAUAGUAUUAUGAGAUUCUCAUGACGCUGUUUGUGUGAUUAUAUUCAUAUUUAUAAUGUAGGGUACAUUAUAUACAUUUAUUCACAUAUAUAGCAUCAAUCAUCAUAUAUGCGAUAUUGUUGUCGGGUGAUAUUGAAAACAUUGACCAAGGCAACAAUUAUUAUAAUAUACAUACGCUGUAAAAUUCGUUUUGACGAAACGGAGGGAAAAAAAAAAACACAAACAAACGAACAAGAAGAACAACAACAACAAUAACAGUAAAUAAUAAGCAAAGGAUAAAAACACAUACGCAUACAUAUAUAUACAUGCAUACGUAUAUAUGUAUAUGUAUAUGUAUAUAUAUAUUUAUACACAUACACACAGACACCAUACACGGCAUAUAACUCGCCCCCCAUCGCCAGCAUCACGAAACAACCCCCCCUGCCCCCACUGCCCCUCUCUGGACAGAGGAAAAAAGUAACAAUAAUAUUAAUGAAUACGGCAAAGUGAAAAAAAUCAAUCAAUAAAAAAUAAACAAUAAUAAUAAUGCUGCCUCCAAGCGAUGGAAACUCGCGCACAAUGUAAAAUAUUCGUUUUUUUAGAUCCGACGAACAAAAAAAAAUUAUAACAA